UUCAAAAUGUCAGCCUCCAUAUCAAGCACACUGGUUAAAUGGGUGUUACUUUCUCAGUGCAUUUGUCUUAUAAAUGGAUAUGGAUCUAUAUCACACGGAAUCAUAAGCUACAGGGCAUCUGUUUACUUUGGUGAUGAAGAAACCCAGAAGAUUGUACAGGAGAAUCCUGAUGGUUUGUUUGGAGGGAGUGUCUACCCUGAUGUGUUUUAUGAUUCCCAGUGCAGUGAGGGAAAUUACAGUUUUGUCUCAGAUGCCACAAAAUCAACUGCAUUUCUGAAUGCCUCUAUCAACUAUUUACUACAAAAGUAUCCCAAACCAUGGAAUAAUGUUACAGAGAAACUGGUGUCCUUUCUGUACGGAGUUAUGUCCCAUCAGAUCGCUGACUACAUGUGGUAUGGAGAGGACAAGUAUCAGCAAGGGUUUUUAAACAUGAUGGCUAAGUUGAAUUUCCAUGGGAAUUUUCAAGAAGCUGCUGUUUUUGCUGAACUUGGUAGUGAUGUUGUCCUGGCAUAUGAUCUGAACCUUGACCAUAUCCAACCAUUCCUUGAAUGGUUCGUGCCAGUGAGUGAUUUGGUUAACAUAUAUGCCCUGAUGUUUGGCGAAGGGAAGGUACCUCACAAAGUCGUGGAAAACUGCACCGUCACAAGACUCAUAUAUUUAAUGAAAGAAAAAAUUAAAGUGUCUGAGUAUUAUGCGGCUGUAGCUCCCAGCAGUCCUUUCCUGAUGACCCAGCUGUUGGACUACUUUCCCGGUGGAGUAGACGACUGUGCGGGAUGGGUCGGUAGGAAGUGGCAGGAUCUCAGCUUCAUGUUAGAGAAGGGUACAAGUAAUUGUGCGAUACCAACAAAUCCCCUACAGAUUCAGUGCAAUGCGAGCACCACACUACAGCAUGCAACUUUCACAUCAAGAGAUUACUGGACUGUUAAGUCUUGGGCAUUUGAUUACAUCAGCGGCCCUGUAGAUUUUACAGAUAUUGAUCAGUUACAAGAAAAUGGUGGCAUCAUAGUCCUUCCUUCAAAAUUAUUUUGGAAAAAAUUCAAGGUGAAGCAGAAUCAAAAGCAAAAACAGAGAGUAGGUAGUUCAGACUACAUCGGGGACUAUUUUGUAAACAACACCUUUGCCAAAUUGGGAUGGGCCUUGGCUAGCGGUGAUGUGGAUUCGGAUGGAUUCCAAGACCUGAUUGUCGGUGCGCCUGGUUAUUCUAAGACAAAAUUACCACAGACAGGCAAAGUUUUCACCCUGUUUGGAAAUAAAACAGGGUUGCCUGGAUUUGGGUAUAUUGCUGUCAAUCUUGAUAACACCACACUUAAUUGCACCGGCCACAUAGAUUCACCAUCCAAUCAACCAUCAAGAUUUGGUUCAAGUUUAGCAGUGGUUGACAUCAAUUUGGACGGAGUUUUAGAUGUAGCAGUUGGAGCCCCUUCGCACAGUAAUGAUGAAAAUGAUCCCAUGAAAUACAAUGGUGUGGUGUAUAUAUUUUAUGGAACAUCAAGGAGCAGACAUUUCAACAGGCCAAACAUAACAGUAUCCUGUCAGCCUGACCUCUGUCGUCUGGGUACCUCUCUGGGUGUGGUUGACGUAGAUGGUGAUGGUCACGAUGACCUUGUGAUCAGUGACCAGUAUUAUGGACCCACAGACCACCAGACAGGAGUAGUUACUGCCCUGUUGUCAAGAGGGACAUACAAAGAACAGGAGAAUGUAACAGUUGAGGAGCUGAUAGAGAAAUGGAAACUUGUCGGUCAUCAGGACAAUGGGUGGUUUGGUGCCUCUGUCAGAGGAAAAAAGGGUGUGUUGAUGACAAGUGAACCCUUCUAUAGAAAGUGUGCAUUGCCUUCCUGUCCCUUGAAUCCAAAAGACAUACAGUCUGCAGGUGCUGUUUCAAUCAAUAACAUUGGGUCAAAGUUCACACUUCCCAACAUGACCUUGAACGGCCGGGACGAGUUUGACAUGACUGGAUACAGUGUGGAUUACGGAUUUCCCUAUGAUAACUCCUCCCUGAUAUUGGCCAUCAGUGUUCCAGAAGCCAUGGUGUAAGGAGAAAUACUGACCAUUCCUGUCAAACUGCGCCGGGCGGGAACUGUCAUUCUCUUCAAUGUUACAAAAAGCGGCCUUGUACAAGUAGCACAUUUUGAUGGGGAUAGAAACCUAGCAAUGUUUGGAUCCUUCAUAAAGUUUGCGGACCUGAAUGGGGACGGUUAUGACGACCUGUUGAUUGGAGCACCAUUACAUUCCGAUGACUGGACUGAGCUAAUCCCAAGGUUUCUAAAUAUAGAUGAGGAUGGGAGGCUGUACAUUUUCUAUGGAGGUCCCUCCUUUCCCACUGGUAACGCCACCUACACCAAGGAAUGUUUGGGAUUCUCUCCCUGUCCGUGGAAAACGGCAGGAGAUAUGAUAAUCCCAGUGAGCCCAAAGGCUUAUAUAGGAAGGGUAGCAGAGGUCUUGGAAUACCCAACACUGACAAACUUGGUUGUAUCUGCAGUGAGAAGCACAGACUAUUUCAGGGGAUUUCCUCAUACAGGCUCCAUAUACCUCUACAAAUUCAACAAAAAACAACAACCAGGAAAUUCAUGAGAAAUGUCAUCUGUGAUGAAAUGCAUUGUAAUUUUUAGAGAGGACUUCAAAACAAUUAUUGACUUGCAUAAUGAUGUACCAGUUUCAUUAACAUAAGACUAAAUCAAAUUUUUAAAUUAUUUUUUGAGAUAACACAACAAUCUAGGACCCCACUGUAAAAAGUUUACAAUAGGAAAGACAGCAGACUACAAUAACAUUUGAUAGGAGAAGCUCAAUUGACAGGUUGGCUCAGGUGAGCUAAAAACCAAACAAAAACCAAAAAUUGUCUUCAUAUCACUGGACCAGUGAUAUGAAGACAAUUUUAAGGGCAAAAUGAAUGCACUGUCCAUCCAUGAUGAAAAUCAAAAUCACUUCCAAUAUUAUAACCCAUCUGAAAAUAAUUUUACUCUGUCUCUCUCUCUCUCUCUCUCUCUCUCUCUCUCUCUCUCUCUCUCUCUCUCUCUCUCUCUCUCUCUCUCUCUCUGUUGUACAUGUUAUCAAGUACAUUAGUUUGGACUGAUAGAAAAUACAAGAUUCGUGUAUUUUUUCUAUUUUUUCACUUAAUAUAUCCUAAGAUAAAGAUUGUCAAACAAUCUUUCAGUCCCAGCUACCACUGCACCUGUAGAUUUUCAAACUAACAGGAUGCAGUUAAAAGAUGAAACCUUUGAAACUUUGAUCAUAAAGUGCAACAGCAAUCUUUUGUCUUAAAGUGUCCUCAGCAUAAAGAAAUCCGAUAAAAAUAUAUUAAGAAAUAUAACUGCGAAAAACCCUCUGUCUAUAAAUUAAUACAAUUAAGUGUCCAAAAUUAUAAAGAUUUGUGUUAUCUGGGGAAAUAUCUCUAUUUAGCUUUUUAAUAGAGAGGUUUAGCAAACCAACGUGUACGCGUACGUGUACGUGUAGAACGGAAAAUAUGUGCAUUACGUCAUCAGUUUGUGUAAUGACGAAUUUCUACACGUAUGUACCCGAAUGAACAUACGUGUAAAUUGCAAAGUACCCGUAAGGUCAAACUUGUAGCCUCUGUUUCCCUGUUGUCUAUUAAUUUUAAAAAAUAUGUUAACUUUUUUUAAGCCUGAAUAUUCAAUGCGAAUACUGAUAUCUACCAACAUAAAUUUUCAUUAGCGUUUAAUAUGUUAUUGGAGUUUUAUUUCACGCAUCUCUUCCUCUAAAACAUGCAAUGGCUCCGUUAUCUCAUUCAUUUGCGAUAAAUAAAAAUGUGCAUAUAUAAUAAAUGAUGUUUAAUAAAAUUAACACAUGCAGAAUUCCUACUUUUCGUUUAUAACUAACAUUCUCAGCUUAGUAGGAGAGGAUAUCCAUAAUUACAUUAAAACAUUUAAACGUACAAGUACACGUUACAACUGCUAAACAAGAAAAGUAAUUGAGCUGGUACGGGUAGUUCUAACUUGUAACCUACACGUACAAGUACACGUACACGUUGGUCUGCUAAACCUCUCUAAUAACCGUAAACCGCAACAUUAUUCAAUAAAUUGUUUUCUAUUAUGCACAAAUUCUGUGUUUCUAUAUCAUAUCUGACAUUGUAUCAUGCCAAAUGUCUAUAAAUAUCUUUUUACUUGUGUAAUAUGUUGUUCAUAAUGUCACAAGAUUAUUAUAUAUUGAGCAAAUAAAGAAUGACUCUUGUAUAUAUAGUCAUUGAAUUUGAACCUGAUACUGAACAAGAACCUGUAGAUAUGUUAAAGAGUGUUUUAUAUUUGAAACAUUUGCAAAACCUCUUUAUUAACUUUACUUUUUAAAACAAAGUAAUGGUAAUGGUAAUGCAUUACCAUCAUGUAAUGGUAGUGUAAUGCAUUACUUAAAGAAAAUCAAGUAAUGGUAAUGGUAAUUUAAUGCCCAAAUUCAUGAAGUAAUGGUAAUGUAAUGCAUUACUUUACUUAAACAACAAAUGCUUUCUUUGGUGAUUCAUUCGGGAUAUGAAGUAGCGACAUUGCAGAAAAAAUACAUAACCCGCGAUAAUGUAAAUUUUUUCUGCAAUGAUCGUUACCUUCAUUACCCGAAUGAAUCGUCAAAGAAAGCAUUUUAUUGUUUAGAUUAACAUCUUUCUUUUAGCCAAUUGAUAAAUUGAUUAUGAAAAGUACGUAAAAUUCACUAAAUUACUGUUAAUGUACGUAAGUACGUUAACUAAAAGAAACAGCCAAAUCGUCUCCUGUGAGACUUUGAGUCUGACGUCGUCAUGAUUAUUUCGUGCAGUCCGUGAUUUUCCCCAGGUAGUUGUAGGUCUCGACCAAUCGAUAAACUGGGCGUGUCAAGUUUGGUCCUGUCACUUUCUUGUCAGUUUCAGCCGCUGUAGAUUUCGACCAAUCAAUACACGGGGCGUGUAGAUUUCAAUCUGGCUGUUUCUAUAGAUUUAUGAAUUAACUACUAGUAUAAGUUUCUGUAAGAAAUAGAGGGAAUAAUACUUGGUAGAUGUAAAUAUAAUGUAAUUCGCCCCAAGCCUGUGACACUGGUACAUGUACAUAAAAGUAUGUUAAGGUCAUGCUUUUCAAAAACUUCUUUAAGGAUUACCUUUUUUUUUAUCAUGUGUGAUUUAGUGGGAUUUUAAAAAAUGACAAGUAAUACUUUGACAAAAAUCAUAUGAUGGAUGUUAUAAAGCUCUGCUCUGAACAAAAUUUUAUUGAAAAUAUACAAAAAUGAAGAAAAAAUAAACUUUUGUAUUAUU